UGUAAGUGAGAAUCCAAAGCCGUGAAACGUGAAACUAAAAUAAAAAAAAAUUAAACUUCAUCCAUCUUUUUUUGUCACGAUGCCUCCUAAGAAGCAACCAGAGAAAUCGGGAUCGGCCUCAGGGUCUAAACCCGCAGAGAAAAAGCCAGCUACGGCUAAGACGCCAGCCGCAGCUCCGAAAGUUACUUCUACUAGUGCACCUAAACCGGCAUCAGCAAAGACUCCUGCUCCAGCCCCUAAAGCUGCAGCGCCUAAAACGGCACCUGCAGCAAAGCCUGCACCUUCUAAACCAGCCCCAACUGCAACCGCCAAGCCUGCUGAAAAAAAACCUACAGCUGCUCCAACAGCAAAACCUGGUUCUGCCAAGGCUGCUGCCCUUAAGGUUAAAUCAAGUGCUAAGCCUUCAGUUAAGAAAGCUGCAUCAGCUACAAAGCCCAAACCCAAGCCUGUGGCUACAAAAUUGAAAAUUGCACCUAAACCUAAGAAGACAGGCAUUAAGGGACAAAAGAAGCAGGCUGUAAAACCUGUUGCUAAGGCUCUUAAAGCUCAACGAAAGGUAGUUAAGGGAGAACAUGGCAAGCGCAUUCGUAAAAUCAGAACUUCAGUUCAUUUCCGAAGGCCCAAGACUUUUGAACCUCCUAGAAAUCCUAAAUAUCCUAGGAAAUCACUACCUAAAAGGAAUCGUAUGGAUGCAUAUAAUAUCAUAAAGUAUCCAUUAACCUCUGAAGCGGCAAUGAAGAAGAUAGAGGACAAUAAUACAUUGGUAUUUAUUGUUCACACCACUUCCAAUAAGCAUCAUAUUAAGGCUGCAGUUAAGAAACUGUAUGACAUUAAUGUGGCUAAAGUGAACACCCUCAUCAGGCCUGACGGCAAGAAGAAGGCGUACGUGCGGCUUGCGAGGGACCAUGACGCAUUAGAUGUUGCCAACAAAAUCGGCAUCAUAUAAAUAGAUGCUGUAUUAUAUUGUAUAAGAAUAAAAAAAAAUACAUAAAA